AUGAUUGCUCGCACCCUCACAUCCUCGUACUUCAAGACGACUUCGGGUACAAACACUCAUUACCUACAAGCUGGCGAUCCUUCAGGUCCGCUUCUGAUAUGUCUCCAUGGGCUCGGAGGCUCUACCGAGACAUUCUCGCCGCUGGUGCCAUCUCUACCUUCCACGUACAACAUCGUUCUUGUUGACUUUCCGGGCUUCGGAAAAACGCCACUAGCAGGCGUCAGGAAACCACUUUCCGUCGAGGGGCUCGUUGUCGACUUGGCCGACCUCAUCGCAUCUUUACGAGGAAGCUUGAAUGGCUCGGCCUCGUCCAAGGUUGUCAUCUUUGGACAUUCCCUCGGCGCUAUUGUCGCUUUGCACUAUGCUGCGAAACAUCCGCACUCUGUUGGAGGUCUCAUGCUACUCGGUCCCGGUCGAGCGGCUGGUCACAUCCCCGCUGUACGACAGCGCAUGCUCGAUCUUGCGGCCGCGGUGAGGAAGGAAGGCAUCAAGUAUGCAGCGGAUAUUGCAGCCAAGUCCAAUUUCUAUGACGAUAGGUACGCAUAUGAGAAGCUCAGAAAGAAGUAG